GGGUGGGCUGACAGCAGAGGUUAUGCCCUCCUUUCAUCUGAAUUAGAAGAUCCCCGAAGACAGAAGGACCUUAGCAUUCCAAAGCUAAAAGAAGACUGUAGAGCCAUCACAUGAAAACAGGAACGGGCUGCUUGUUUAGCAAGGGAACACACAGCUCCAGACACAGUAAAACCUUGAACACAACACUGACCUCAUUUGGAUUCAGGGAAGCAAAGACAUUAAGAAUCAAUGGGCAGGCAGGUUCAGAAACCAACAGAAUGCUGUGGAAAUGGGGUCCCUAGAGAGUGACUUUCAGACUGGGUUUCCUUGAACUGAUAACUUGAAGCAACCCCAGACCUAGCCCCCAGUAUAUAUUGCUGGUUGCCACUCUCUCCUGUCUAUCUUUCCUCUGUGCUGGAGGCCUGCGGAGAUUCCCCAGGGUUAACCAAUACUGACCUUUGCACUCCAUUAACUCACUACAAAGUGGGACGUGACUGCGCCACAGAAUGAAGCAAUAUUGAAAGUAGUUGAAGAAUUUGGGAAGAUGAACCCUGAAGAGUCUCCCAAGUCACAACCGUCCAGUAGACAUAAACGCUCUGGUGUUUACUUUGCCACUGGACUCCAGAAAGAAGAGAAGGCGGCUGUGAACAAACGCAGCUCCAAGGUGUUGGAGGCUCUGCAAAAGCUGAAUAUCCAGGCUGACCAGGCUCCAGUCAUUGCUGUCCUGGGCUCUGGUGGGGGGCUGCGGGCCCACAUCGCUUGUCUUGGGGUACUGAGUGAGAUGAAAGAACUUGGCCUGUUGGAUGCUAUCACAUACCUCGCAGGGGUCUCCGGGUCCACUUGGGCGUUGUCUUCAUUCUAUAUCAACAAUGGAAAUGUGGAAGGGAUGGAAGAGGAGCUGAAACAGCGAUAUGAGAAGAAUAGGUGGCACUUUGCAGAAAACUUGGAGAAAGCCAUACAGGCAUCAAAGAAGGAGAAUUACUCCAUGACUGACUUUUGGGCCUAUUUUGUUGUUUCCAGGCAAACCAGAGAACUACAGAACUCUAACUUGUCCAGCAUAAAGAAGCAUGUGGAAGAAGGACUGUUGCCCUAUCCAAUCUUUGCAGCCAUUGAUGGUGACCUUCAGCCUGACUGGAGGAAGAGAAAAACUCGGAAAUCCUGGUUCGAGUUCACCCCUCAUCAUGCUGGCUACCCUGCACUUGGGGCUUAUGUCCCCAUCACACAGUUUGGAAGCAGAUUUAAGAAUGGAAAAUUGGUUAGAUCUGAGCCUGAGAGAGACUUGAAUUACCUGAGAGGUUUAUGGGGAAGUGCUCUAGCUGAUAUGGAAGAAAUUAAGAAAUUUAUUUGUGACAUGUUAGCAGACCUGAGAGCAAAACUGAAGCAGGGACAUUUGAAUAUGGGAGCGGCUGGAGCAGUGGCUAGAACAGCGGCAUACGUGGGAGUACCAGAGACACAGGUGGAUGAAGUGCUCUUGGAUUUAAUGAUGGCUUUUCUUAAAGAUCAGAAUGACCCCAGCAUCAAGGAUAAGCUCCAGGCCCUGCAGCAGGUUCUGGGUGCUAAGAGAGAUGUGUUUGGUGAACAGAAGUACAUCUGGCUGGCUGAGGUAGUCCAGAAUUGGAAUGAGGUCUCUCCCAGGGAGAAGGAGCAGUUUCUUGAAUAUCUGUUGUACUGCUUCAUGAGGACACAAGAGCUUCCUGUGGGUGCCAUGUAUGGACCGAGAAGCUGGAUUGGGAGUCAUCUCCGGGACACUUUUACUUUUCUGAGUAAAACUGGAAUUUGUUGUUGGAAGUGGGAGUGGGGAACUGUUUACAACUUCCUCUAUAAAAACGGUAACAUCACAGAUGAGGCCAUGCAGAGCCGGGAGUUUCUGCAUCUGGUGGAUGCUGGUUUGGCUAUCAACAGUCCCUACCCACUUGUUUUGCCUCCGGCUCGUGAAGCUCACCUCAUCCUCUCGUUUGACUUCAGUGCUGGAGAUCCACUAGAGACUGUCAGGACCACAGCGGACUACUGCCAACGCUAUGGAAUCCCUUUUCCUCAAGUGAGAGAGGAGCAGCUGAAGGAAUGGGCCAAAGCCCCAGCGAGCUGCUACAUCCUCAGAGGGGAAACUGGACCUGUUGUCAUGCAUUUUACUCUGUUCAACAAGAACAACUGUGGAGAUGACAUUGACACAUGGAGAAAAAAAUAUGAGACAAUGAAACUAUCUGACUUCUACACACCAGACCUUGUGGCAGAUUUGCUGAGGGUGUCUAGGGAGAAUGUUCGGAUAAACAGGGAUAAUAUCCUCAGUGAGAUAAGAAAAGUGGCUGGGAAAACUGGCAACUUGCUAAGGAUGAAUAAGGAGGACUUCUUGGGAUACACAGUGCGGAAUGUUCAAAGCUCUCGGACUGUGGAGAUUAAGAUAUCCAACAACACGGACAUAAUAUUCAAGGAGCCUUUGCACUACUUACAGAGUGGGCAUGUACUAGUGGACCCACCACCUGUGCUGUCUCCAGAGUCCACCGUCAGCUGUUCCUUUGUGAAGAAGAGCUCGAGCUUCCAGGGCACUGUGGGCAUGCUGGUCUACCAGGGCCCACGUGUCCACCUGGCCUUACUGUUCUCUAUUCCCUUCAACUACGCUCUUCACAGAAUUAAGUUUGCCUUAGCCAUCAUAACUGAGCCAGUCUCUAGAGACCUGGAGAGUGUUUUUGAUGACAUCAUUCAGGGAAAUGGGUCUCCAGAGCUAAAGGUAGCCAAGUAUGAACUUCAGAUCCCUCAGGGGACCCUGAAGCUGGAACAUGACUCCUUGAUCAUCAGAGCCACAAUGUCCAACAUCCAUGUGGCUAAAAUGGAUGUAGUGGUUGAGACCAAAGCUGUUUAAAAGUUUCCUUCCUUCAUCCAUAACUGCUCAUUUUACACUUCGGUCAGAUUGCUUGCCUCUGUAAAAGGAGAGAUCUCAACUGAAAUCAUAGCCCAUCUCUGCAGAGCCAAGAAACUCUGUAAAUGCUUUCUGCUUGACUAACAGAUUUGUAACAUGAGGGGCCUGCUUGUUUGUGUUUUUGUCCUGUCCGGCCCCCCAGCUCUUUA